AUGUCUAAAGACUGUAAGCAAGAGAUCAAAUCAGAACAAGUUGAGAAACCAGAAAAGUUUGAUACUUCAGAUAACUUGACUGAAAAAGAUCAUCAGAGGACAUUAGUUCUGUCUCCUAGUGAGAGUCCGCCUGUGAGACCCUUCAAGUGUUCUGAGUGUUCAUAUGCUACAAGACGAGCAGGCGAUCUUAGGAAGCAUAUGAGAAUUCACUCAGAUGAGAAACCCUUCAAGUGUUCUGAGUGUUCAUAUGCUGCAAAACAAGCAAGUAAUCUUUCUAGACAUUUGAGAACUCACUCUGGAGAGAAACCCUUCAAAUGUUCUGAGUGUUCAUUUGCUGCAAGACACGCAAGAUUCCUAGCAGCCUGUCUGUGCUCCAUCAGACGAGCAUGGAGGCUUCUCUCACUCGAUCUCCCACUUGAUCCCGAUAACAGAAUCAAGUGGGAGAUCGAGUUCCCGUCUACACCUGCGGAUUUUGUCCCCUUCCUGAGUACGGAAAUCCGGAUCGAUGAGGAAGGAAAAGUGCACCACAGAUUCUACAGGAAAACCCAGAACAAGGGGAUAACAUUACACCAGAAGUCACACCACCCGGACUCAGUGAAGGAGGAGUGUAAGAAGAACUUCUACCGUAAUGCCACCAUUGCUUCCUCAGGACCCCAGGAACUCGAUCAUUCAAGUUAUUUUACACCUGGUAAGAAGUUACAGGACAUCUUCUGCCGCUCUCGUCCACUGGAUAAGAAGACUUGUGACCUUGGUAACCCUAACAAUUGUGAGAUCUGCCCUAGACUCACAGGAACAACAUGCUCAACAAAAGGAGCUAUUUACUUAGUUACUUGCGAGUUAUGUGGUAAGAGAUACUGUGGGGAAACUUGA